AUGCCUUGCACACGGCCAAUCACUUCAUUUUUUUUUCCUCGAAAGCCCCACCUACUCCCUCAACCAAGAAGCUUCCACAACCAGGCUCCGGUAAGCGCUAACCAGGUUCCUGUUGUCGUCAAUGCCGAAAAAUCGCUGCUCAAGACCCGACUACUCGAAGGAGAGAAGAUUGUCGCCGAGUCCGCGGAGACCCCUGUCUGCAACAACUUCUGUCGGGAGGGCCAAAUUCGACGCAUCCAGCUCACGAAUCGCCGCACCAACUACUUCGAGACCUAUCGGAAGAACUGCUGCUUCAAGACGGCGUCAUUGUUACGCCAGGUCUUCCUCAAGGACGUGUGCGAAGUUGCUGUGGACAACUACGGCCGCGUUGCUGAAAGCUGGCUGAAGAAACUCGCCAACUUUCUCCUGCUCGUUGGGUCUCCUGCGGCUGGUGCCACCCUUUUGGUGAUUGGGAGAUUGCAGGAGACGCGGUACUCGAGGUCAUACUACUACAACGACGAUGGUAGAUGCGUCGAUUGUGACGCCUACUAUGGCGGUGGUGGCGCGCUACUUGCGUUUUGGGUACUGUAUGCGAUUUACCGGCUAUGCCGCAGGCCCGUGCCCGAAGUGGUUUUCUGCACUCGCUGCCCUCAGUUCGCAGCUUUUGCCAUCCGACUUCCGACGAAAGCUGACCGCAUUCGUCUGCUGGAGGAGGUGACCACGCUGCUGUCCAAGAGCCAGUAG